AUGGAAAGCACAAUAAUCAAUAUCGCCACUCCCAGCACGAGUGGCCAGGAGUGCAAUGGCGACAACGGCCGCGACGAUUUCUACGGCCGCGGCCUAGAAGAAACUUCCAGCACCACGACCCUGGCAGCCGACAAGGACGACGACCACACCAGCAGCAGCAGUCUGGGAAACCUCGUCAUGCAGCCCGCCACCCGGGAGCAGGUCCUGCAAACGUCCUACGAGCGCGUCCGGCGCUGGAUUUCCACCGUCUGCUACGUUGCGCUGCCCAAGGACCGUCUCCCACCACGGAGCCGCAUCAAUAGCAACGCGUGGUUCGCGUCGCCCGAGUCUCUCACCCUGCUCAAUAGCACCAGUGGCACCAAUGCCCCCCGCGACCAGACGGUGCGCAUGUUUCGUCCCGAUGGCUACUUCCACCUCGCCUGUCCCUUCUUUGCCGCCGACCCAGAGCGCCACCGCUCAUGCGUGCUCGAGGGCCGCGAUCUGCAGAACAUCGCUGCCGUUCUGCAGCACAUCCGCGAGCACCAUCCCUACAAGGCGUACUGCGCGCUCUGUCACCGCGACUUUGACUUCCCCGAGGCGCGCGACGCGCACAUGGCCGAGCAGUUGUGUCAGGCCCUAGACUACCCCGCACCCCAGGGGGAUGCCUCCCGCAAGGGUGUUAGUGAUGACGAGGUGCGCCAGCUGCGCAAGACGGACCUGCGACAUAGCCAUAAGGGCGAGGCGGCGCGUUGGCGGCGCAUCUACUGGGAGCUGUUCCCUGACCUGUGGGACGGCGACGAGGAGGACUAUAAUGAGGAUGAGGAUGAGGAUGAGGACGAGGACGAGGACGAGGACGAGGACGAGGACGAGGACGAGGACGAGGAGGACGAGGACGAGGAGGAUGGAGAGGCUAAGGACCAGAUGGUCGACAAAGUAGCCUUGGACGACAAUAUGGACGGCGACGAAAAUGCCAUUUUGGGUAGGGACUGCGACCCGUACCUGCGCACCGGCAACGGCUAUGCAGUCUCACUCGUGCACGACUUUUGGACCCAACACAGGAGGGAUUGCGUAACGGCUGCGCUUGAGGCGUGUGGCCACGACAUUGACGAGCUGUAUGACGACGAGGCCCUCAAGGCGCUCUACCAGGUGACGCUCAAAGAGCUCAUCAGCAAGAUCUAUCACGAAUACCACUUGACCGGAUUCAAUCCGAGCAAAUCUUCAAAGCCAGCAGUCACUCUUACUGGCACUAUCGCUGGCUGGCUGGCUGGCUGGCGCGCUGGCUGGCUGGCGACGAAGGGGGGCGGGUGGUUAUAUUAG